GCUGGGGGGAGCGGAGGAAGGCAAGUAAAAGUGUUUAUCUUCUUCCCUAGGAUGAAGAACAGAUUAAUAUAAAAGUUGAGGUUAAAGAGGAAGAAGAGACGUAUGUGGGGGGUGAUCAGCCGUCCACGGAGGAGGUUGGGAUGAUUAUGAAGAGUGAACAGGAUGGAAAUUCUCCACGUAUCGACACAAAUGGAUGUGAUGUGAGGAAUUCCUCGGAGAGACAUCUAUUAUCUGCUGAUUGUAAGUCAGAAGAUAGUGUCAUCACACAGGAUCCUCCAGGAGGAAAUCCAAAUACACAAAAUAUACAUCACAGACCUUCUUGUCCGGAGACAUCAAUGGAUCCCUCUGAUCAGGGGGAAUCUUCUCAUCAAUCACAUACUAUGAUUGUAAAUAUCCAUGUAAGAUCUCACACUGCAGAUAGAUCAACAGUUCCUUCUAAUCCUGAGGAAUCUUCCUCACCCCAUGAAGGAAAUCACCGAGGUGACCAUCUAUUCUCAUGUUCAGAGUGCGGGAAAUCUUUCACUCAAGAAGGAGCUCUUGUUGACCACCAGAUAAGUCAUACGGGUGAGCGUUCUUAUUUAUGUGUAGAGUGUGGAAUGUCUUUCACUCUGAAAGGAAACCUUGUGAAACACCAGAGAAUUCACACGAAUGAGCGUCCUUAUUCAUGUUCAGAGUGUCGGAAAUCAUUCGCUCAAAAAGAAGCUCUUGUUAGACACCAGAGAAUUCACACAGGUGAGCGUCCUUAUUCAUGUUCAGAGUGCGGGAAAUCUUUCACUCGUCAGGAAAUCCUUGUUAAACACCAGAGAAUUCACACAGGUGAGCGCCCUUAUUCAUGUUCAGAGUGCGGGAAAUCUUUCAACAAGAAAGAUUAUCUUGUUAGACAUCAGAGGAGUCACAAAAGUGACCACCCCUAUUCAUGUUCAGAGUGCGGGAAAUCUUUCACUCUUCAGGGAACCCUUGUUAGACACCAGAGAAUUCACACAGGUGAGCGCCCUUACUCAUGUUUAGAGUGCGGGAAAUCUUUCAAUCAGUCAGGAGGUCUUGUUAGACACAAGAUAAGUCACACGGGUAAGCAUCCUUAUUUAUGUGUAGAGUGUGGAAAAUCUUUCACUCUGAAAGGAAACCUUGUGAGACACCAGAGAGGUCACACGGGUAAGCAUCUUUAUUCAAGUUCAUAGUGUGGAAAAUCUUACAACAAGAAAGAUUAUCUUGUUAAACACCAGAGAAGUCACACAAGUGACUGUCCCUAUUCAUGUACAGAGUGCGCGAAACCUUACAUUUGUAAAGAAAACCUUAUUGGACGCCAGAUAAUUCACACUGGUGAGCGUCCCUUUUCAUGUUCAGAGUGCGGGAAAUCUUUCACUCGGAAAGGACAACUUGUGAAACACCAGAGAAGUCACACUAUGCUUUAAGUGCGGGAGUGAGUCCUCCUCAUUUCUCCAGCCUAUCAGUGUCCUUAUGGCUGGGUACAAGGUCCCUCUUCUUAAUGUCAGAUGUGAAUGCAAACUUUUUAAUGGAUUUUUUUAUGUAUUAAAGUGUUUUUGUGCGCUU